ACACGAGUGUGAAAACACCAAGCUUGUGACAGCAAAAUAGAAACAGAUUCUACCAUCAACAGUGGAAAUGUGUCUUCCUGUGGAUAUCACUAUUUACUGCAGACUGUCCAGGAAAACAUGAAAACUGAGACUUGGACUUGAAUUUGUCUUCUAACUCCACAUUUACAUGGCUCACAGGGUGUUUUGGAUACAAGGAGCACACAGAGUUUGACACCUGAACAGUCUCACAGAGUCAGCCAGCAUGUCAUCCAACUCCACGGCCGAUAAUCUGUGUGCACCGGACGACACCCUCUGUAUAAUAAGGGAGCAUCAGCAGGCCGUGAUAAUCGUCCCUACGUUGCUCCUCUUUGCCACCCUCGUCACCUUACUGGCCCUGUUCUUGCUGAGGUACUGUCCUGAACGGAAGCAGACACGAGUCACAGCCCCUCAACGCUACAACAGCUCAUCACACAGAUACACACAGAGAAACGGCCACAGGCGUCACUUACAGGGCAUUGAUGCGCCCCCUGGGUUAAACGCACUGGAACAUGAAGAGUUGCCAAUGUCAAUUCAACAAGUGCAGCAGAAUGUCAGGCCAACUCUGGCUGCACUACCACAGAUGUCCACAGAGAGGCAGCAUGGAGCUUUCAGCCAGGUCACUACCUUGCCGCUACCUUUCUCCAUCAAGCCUGAUGACACAGUCACCCUCUACAGAGCCCGCAUGGACAACAAGGAUGUCAUCCUGAGGGUGCUAAAAGAAACAGCAACCAGCAGUGAGAAGCAGCACUUCUUGGGUUUUGCCUCCUUUGUCUCUGGACUGGGGCCGCAUCCCUUCAUUCCCGCGCUGCUGGGUGUAGUUUCAGUGCAGUCGCCCCUAAUGAUGGUGGUGGAGGAGCUGCAGCACAGAGACUUGCUCGGGUUCCUGUGGAGAUGUAGACAGGAUAACUCAGGUUUAGAGUCUUCAUGCGACAUGACAGAGAAGAGGAUCUUCACCAUGGCAGGACAAGUGGCCUCUGCUCUGGACUAUCUGCACAGUCAAAGCUGCAUCCAUGGCAACGUAGGGGCUCGCAGCGUUCUGGUUGGUGGAGAUUUGACAGCGAAGUUGUGGGGAUUGGGCUCGACCUACCGCAAGAGAACACCAGGGGAAGUGGAGGACAUGGAGCUGAGGAAGUGGCAGGCACCUGAAGUGCUGGCCAGGAGAGGCGUCAGUCGGAGCAGUGACGUAUGGUCCUUUGGUAUGCUGCUCUAUGAAAUGGUCACAUUGGGUGACCCACCAUUUGCUGAGCUCACGCCGACUGAACUUCUGCAGUAUCUACAAAGAGGAAAGCAUCUCAGCCGACCAACCACCUGCUCCAACUCACUGUACGCCAUCAUUAGGUCCUGCUGCCACUGGAACCCCCAACAACGUCUCUCCAUGUCGGACCUGAUUAGAAAACUUCAGGCGGGAGAGAAAUCAGCCAAUGGGAGGACAGUUCUUAGAGUGUCUGAGCCAUUACAUAUCGAGAGAUACCUGAGGGAGGCGGGAUAUGGAGAAACGUACAACUAUGCUGUGCUCUGAUUGGCUGAAACUGUCGUCAGUCAAAACGAAUGAAAAAGAACGUUCGGAAAAACAGACAUUGUAAUAAUUAUUGUUUAUGAAACGAAAUUUUUGUUUUGCACUCCUAUGUACUGUUGGACAUUUAAAAGACAUUAUAAGCACUCUCACUUUAUAUGUUUAAAGAGUAAUAUAUGGAUUGUAAAUAUGUAUUUUCCUGUGAACUAUAAUUAUGCUCAUCUAAAAGACCAAUAUGAAAAGAACAAUGCAUCUUUUCUGCACUUUUUAACUGUAACAAAAGAGCUUAUUUGUACAAAGCAAAUAGUGGAGGAUGCCGGGUAUACAAUACACUACUGUAUUAUAAUAACUAUGACUAAAAACUCUUUUGUAAGGCUAAUGACCCAGCCCAGUCAGAGAGACCAAAAACUCAGCCAGGGAUGUAGUUGGAAACAGGGAAUUAUCUAAACUAGAAUUACUGCUUUGAGCUUGUGUGCCUCUGCCAACCAGUCCAGUUGCAGUUAAGUAACGUGUCAAUUCUUGAAUUACGGCCAAACACAUUUUUGUGCAGCCACAAUGACCUUUGACCUCAAACAUCUAAUCAGUUCAUCUUUGAGUACAAGUGAA